AAACGAAUCUUUGUAACCAUGAGCGGUAGUAAUAUAUACGGAUCAGAGGAUCCGUGGGCCAAUGGGUGGACCAACGAUGAGACUCCCGACCAUGGAAGUACUACCACCCCCUUCAACAGUGUGUACUUGACACCGUCCCAGAUUUUAACCAAUGGUGACGACUCAGAGGAAGAAAGUGACGGGACAAACGACUUCAAGUUUGACGAAGCAAAGAUCCCUGCGUCCUACAAGCAAUUAUACACCGAGCUAAAGGACCAGUUGGUUUCGGGAAAUGACUUUGAACGGUUGAUCUUAGAUAAGUUGGUAGCCCACCACAACUUUUCUGGUUAUCAGCGUACUCGUAUUGUGAACACCAUUUUUGAUCAAAACUUAGCCAACUUCACCCAUCCACUGAACUUCUUUCAGAGCUUGGGAAUGGUCGCGUUAGAAUUGGACCUUGCAGGUACCGGGGACUAUGUGACGUUGCAGUUCAAAAUCGCCGAUUUACCGGACAUUCCAAAAGACAUCAUGCACUUUCUCGUGGAAACAGACUCCUCCGAAGCAAAGACGUUUAUCGACCCAUUGACCAGCCAGUUAGCAGAGUCUGGUAUUGAUGACGACACUGCGUGGGGACCUGGUCAAUUGAAAGAGCCCCUAUUGGCGGAGACUGUGUCCCCGAAUCAAUCAACAAACACUCCGAUCGAAGAACCGGCUGCAUUUACCGAGCUUAAGAAGUAUAUAAACGACUACAGAGACAUGUUCAGACCUUUGUAUGACGGGAAACAGAUAAUAUUCAUCAAAGAAGUGCCUGAGAAAGAAGGGCUUAUUUUCAAACACAUCAAUUAUGCCAUCACCCAUCAGAUUAAUUUGGGAAUGAAUUCUCCUGCGGGCCUUAAAAAGGUUCUUAGAAGAUACUCUGAUUUUGUUUGGCUCUUGGAAUUCUUACUUAAAAAAUAUCCUUUUAGAGUGAUUCCCGGGUUACCCCCGAAAAAGUUUAAUGUAGGAGCCUCCCCUGAUUCCCAAUUUUUACAGAGACGGCGUAGAGGCUUAUACCGGUUCUUGAAUCAAAUUAUCAAACAUCCUGUAUUAAGAAAAGACCCUGUGGUAAUUACAUUUUUGAGUGUUCCUACAGAUUUAGUUUCCUGGAGAAAGCAAGCUCAAAUAGAUUACAGUUUGGAAUUCAAAGGCAUCAAGAUUCUGCCUCAUUUUAUGAAUAAGAUCUGGCCUGCUAUAGGUGAGGAUUUCAUGAAGAAAUGGCAUAAGACCGAACAGUCUCUCCCAAAGAUCAUUGAAGUAUGGACCAAACUAGUGAUUUUGAUAGAAAGAUAUGAGAAGAGACAACAACAAAUUGCAUACGAUAACAACAAGUUUGUGGAGAUGUUAGGAAGGUUCCAGGACCUAAAUAACGACUUGUAUCCCCAUUUAGAAGAAAAGGAUUCGGCCAUUUCUGCCAAUAACCAUGAUGAUUUCAGUGCCAUUGACAACUCAUUGAAUACAGUAUCCGAAUUCUUCACUAAUUCUAGUCAGGCCAUCGUUGAUGAAACAUUUGCGAUCAACACUUCUGUUCUUGAGAAGUUCAAGAACUUCCUUGACUACUUGUACUCGUUGGUUGAACUCUUCGAAAGACACAAACGACUCCUGACCAACACCAUUUCUCAGUUGCAAAACAGAAUCCGGGACGGCGAAGCUAAGUUCAACCGGCUAAGUGAUGAGGAUGCCGACAUUAAAGGCAGCGAUUUGGCCAAGAUGAAACAAAGCAUAAUCAACGACAAACAAGAAAUGUUCCAACAAUUGAAUAAAGACUGGCUUAUAAAGGAACGGUGUUUACAAGAGUACUUGAUGUUUCAGGAAACACAGUAUCUCUUGUCAGAAAUGUGGAUUGACUGGAGCAGGGGUAGAACUAAGUUCCAUGGGAAAUUGUCGAGUUUGUAUGACACCAUGGAUACAGUCAUCCAGAAUGACAUGCCAUUGAGUAGAUAAUCAUAUAUUUACAAGUCGGGAAUUAAAUCACUACAUAUUUUUAGCCAUUUUUGUAACACCUCGUGCGCCUCUAAGUCUUCUAUAUCUAAGUUAGAGUUGAAGUACCCCUUAUUUAGCACUUUAGAUAUAAUAAGUUCCUGUUUGCACUGUAGAAACAACUCAGUAUCGUAUGAGAGAACAGUAGCUAAAAUCCUCCCAACCAUUAUUCCCAAUUCUCCGCCUUUGGGAUACCCGUCAUCAAACCCUUGCUGUAGGCUCGACUCUUUGGCGUUGCUUAGCCCAUCCAAAUACCCCUGUUUGGUGUGAACCCUCUUUAUUUCAGCCGUAGAUGAAGAGUUCUUAGUAAUUAUAUCGUCUUCUCCAUCACUAUCUCCCCAGACAUCGUCCAGCGCAUCCACCAGUUCAUAAAUUCCCUCUACAUCAUUUGGCACUUCAUUCCGCUCACAUACACUGUCUGACUGGCAACAGUCAUCCUUAUUGCAAGACAUAGACAACAAGCUGGUGAGAGCCGAGUCAAGCGGCUGCGCGCGGAUUGCUCGUUUCUGUAA